CCAGCCCAGCUCCGACCCGCCUCACUCGGUGCAGCCGGGCGCCCUAGCGAGCGCGGGCCCGCCGCCGGGCCCGGGCAGACGGCGGGGGGCGUCUCCGCCUCGACUCUCUCUGCGGCCCCUGAGCGGCGAGGGCGAAGGCGAGGCUGAGUGGGGCCGAAACCAUGAACCGGAGUUUUCACAAGUCUCAGACCCUACGCUUCUACGACUGCAGCGCAGUGGAAGUCAAGAGCAAGUUUGGGGCUGAAUUCCGAAGGUUCUCCUUGGACCGUCAUAAGCCCGGGAAGUUUGAAGAUUUCUACCAGCUGGUCGUGCACACGCACCACAUCUCUAACACUGACGUGACCAUUGGCUAUGCUGAUGUACACGGGGACCUGCUGCCCAUCAACAAUGACGACAACUUCUGCAAGGCGGUCUCAAGCGCAAACCCCUUGCUUCGAGUCUUCAUCCAGAAGCGAGAAGAGGCGGACCAUUUCAGCUUUGGAGCAGGCACCCUGUCAAGGAAGAAGAAGGUGCUGGUGACCCUGAGGGAUGAGGGGCUGCGCCGGCGUACCCACCUCAACAUCAGCAUGCCUCAUGACUUCCGCCCAGUGUCGUCCAUCAUUGACGUGGACAUCCUCCCUGAGACACACCGCCGAGUAAGGCUCUACAGACACGGCUGUGAAAAGCCACUGGGCUUCUACAUCCGAGAUGGCACCAGUGUGCGUGUGACACCCCACGGGCUGGAGAAAGUACCUGGCAUCUUCAUUUCCCGAAUGGUGCCGGGGGGCCUUGCAGAGAGCACGGGGCUACUGGCUGUGAAUGACGAAGUCCUGGAGGUAAACGGGAUUGAGGUAGCUGGAAAGACAUUGGAUCAAGUCACAGACAUGAUGAUCGCCAACAGCCACAACCUCAUUGUCACCGUCAAGCCUGCCAACCAAAGGAACAAUGUGGUCCGCAGCAGCCGCACAUCCGGCAGCUCUGUGCAGUCUACAGACAGCACCGCCAGUCACCACAGCCUGCCAGUUGCCCACGUGGUGCAGAACUUCCACCCUGAAGAAAUGGAGAGUGACGAGGAAGCCGACAUCGUCAUUGAGGGGCCUCUGGAGCCCCAACACGCUCCCAAGACACAAGUUUUUCCUCCAGGCAGCCUCUCAAGGGCCAAUGGCACCAACCUUGCCCACAGGCUGCAAAGGGACAUGGUCCUGCAUAGCUCUGGCCGGGAGAGCAACGGCAGCAUCCAUAGAUUUCUCAGCUCCCUAAAACCAGACCCCCGAAACAGCCUGGUCCUCCCGCAGGGAGGGGUGGAGGAGCACGGGCCAGCCAUCACACUCUAGGGCUGAGCAGCUUGGGCAGGCUGAGGUCACAGACAGACUCUGGGGCAGCAAGACCCAUGGGUGGCGAGUUCUGAAUAGCAUGGAGAUGUAUAGUGACUCCAGAGGGAAAUACUUUACAUUUUUAUGUCAACUUAAAGUAAGAAAAAUAACCAUGUACUUCAUCUUUUUCUUUCCUUUUUUUCAUCGUCAUUCCUACAACCCUAUUCUUUAUUUAAGCUUUUGAACAAGAACACUAUUUUUAUAGGAUUUUUCCAAGGAACUUAAACUACACACAACUGCACAUACUCUGGGCCUGGCCCCAGUGCAUGGACAGAGCCUUUGUAAAGUGAAACAAAAUGCUAACGUACAGAGAGUAUUUUUAAAUUUUUUUUAAAAUACUUCUUUUUAAAAUGAAGCUUUAUAGAUAACUUUUUAAAAAUCGUAAAAUUCAUGUUUUUUAAACAGUUCAUGCAAAAGAUCUUGUAAUGUCUGAGCACUCCAUUGACCCAGUGUGGCUGUGACAGGAAAACGGGAACUAAGAUGGGUUCCAGCACAGGAAGAAUCUGUUCUCGUUGUGUUUACAACAGCUCAGAAAGCCCAGUGGCCUCCACACAAGUACUGGGGUUUCAGUGCGCUGCAGCUGCAGCUACAGCGCUGUCCCAGGCUUGAUGGUCAGCACUGUGCCAGGCUUGAUGGUCAGGCAGUCACUGCUCUGCUUCUUAAAGCGGCUUUAGGAGGCCAGCAACUCUGCUGGCUGGAAGGUGAGGCCCCGUGGGAUUAAAAGCCAACGUUUCCACCAGUGUUUUCUUUGAGUUGACUGACUAGGGCAGUUUUAAGAUGUCUUCAGUAGAAAUGUGAGGAGCACCACACAGCCCAAAAGCCCUGCAGCAGUGGUGUGGGUGCACACCUUAGCUUUGCUCUUAAAACAGCCGAUUGUUUUUGUACGAGAAGAUUAGAGCAUGUCAAAUGCUGGUUCCUAGGGCAGUUGUCAGUGGCAGGAAUCCUCCUAACUACAAGUUAUGUGGAACUUAAUAAUUUUGACAGAUCACUUUUUGUUGA